AUGGAAUCGGAGGUAGAAGCUCGUCAAGAGUCGGCGGUUUAUGAUUACUCUGAGCUACCAACGGAUAGCUCGAUUCGAAUUCUCCAGAUUGCCCCAGAUGGCUCAGACAUUCAAUCCUUUUCUCUGCGACUUAACACCUUCCCGUUAGAAGGUGCGCCACCAUUUUGGGCGUUAUCGUACACAUGGGGGCCGCUAGAUUUCGACGAAUGCUCCGCUCAGCUUACAGGGUCCGAAACGCGUCUUCACGAUGUCGAAUGCGAUGGUCAAGUAGUCAGGGUCGGCGAGACCCUAUAUGACUACCUUGAUCAAGUCAAGAAAGAAAUGUCGAGCUCUUUCGGGGCAAGAAAACAUCAAACCGGCCCUCCUGCAGCCAGCCCUUCAUACCGUUUACCUCUACCUGCCAAAGCCGUGAAUCUGUGGGUCGAUGCCAUGUGCAUAGACCAAAACAGCAGCCAAGAAAAGUCCCACCAGGUUCAAAUGAUGGGUCAGAUCUACGAAGCUGCCCGCAAUGUCAUCGUCUGGCUUGGCAAGGCGCAACCCAAUGAGGAUGUCUGCUGGGUUUUGAGAGACUUCAUCCCGAAAAUACGGAGGGCGGCUCGCUCAAGCCAAACGACUGCCCUGUUGCAGGAGACUGGGCCUGAGCUGGACCAUCCGCAAGCCAUCAAAGCGUUAGGAAAGAAGUUAUGUGAUCGGUGGCGCAACUCAUAUACUGAUUACUUUGCCUUCUUCCUCAAAAAGCGAUGGCUCACGCGCGGAUGGGUUGUUCAAGAAGCCGCCUUACCCAAGCCCAAGAACAUCGUUUUGCAAUGCGGCAAUGAACAAUUCUCAUGGUCUCGUAUCAACCAGUUAUCGGCUCUUAUAUUAAUGUUUCGUUGGGAUGAGGAGCUGAACGAUCGCCUCAGCGAACGACUACCUGACUGGAAAAAACGACCUGGCACGAUUGAUCGACUGUGGAAUCCGAUACAGAAUUCUCUGCCGGCCUUCAGCGGCGAUAAAGUCAUCCACCGAAUGGCUGAUUGGCAGAAUCAUCGUUGGGGAACCGCGACAGAUAGUGAAAUCCGCCAUGCCGAAGUCCUGCACACAUUCCACCGGCUGCGUAUCUAUCAAUUCGAAAAUCCAUUGGAUCACAUCUACGGCGCACUCGGUUUAAUACAACGCAUCCUCGGUCGGAGGUACGAGCUUGGUGUAGUGCCAAGCUAUAACAUACCGGUCGAGCAUGCUUACACUCAGGUUGUGACAUGGCUGCUUCGUCACCUACCCAAUCUUGACAUCUUGGGGCUGGCAGGCAUCGCAGAAGGUCGCCGCGAAAACCUCCCUUCCUGGGUUCCAGACUUUUCAUUCCAUGGUGCCAUUCACUUUACUUCACUUCAGCGGCUGAGACAGCUUGCAAAAUGGGGUCAUUAUUUCGACGCCUUCGAUGCCUCCCGUACCGAUCUCCGAUCAAGUCACCACGUGGCGCAGAGCGAAGGAAACACUUCGCUCAAACUGGAAGGUCUUCUCAUUGACAAAGUCGGAGAGGCACGAGGUCUAGAACAGUCCAGCCAUGGCAUCAUCACCAACGUUGCAUGGCUCCUCGACUUCUGCAACCAGCAAGGCUCCUAUGAGCACACUGGAGAGCACUUCGCCGAUGUGGCUGUGGCAACUUUGAGCGCCGAUCUCAAGCCAACGCUUGGAUAUGGAUACGACUCCAGGCAAUGGGUACAGAGAUGUGUUGCUUAUAAUGUCAUGACCAAUCACGGGGAUAAACCCACAGACCUUGAUGCGCUCAAUUUAUUAAGGAUGAGAAGCACAGGCCCCCAGUCUGCAGCCAACGACGGGCAAUUUAUGGAAUUGGAUGAUGCUCUUGAAAUGUACGCCAAGGAUGACUUCUUGUCAAAACUUUUGGAAGAUUCCAUUUCCAAGAUCGUACAAUUCAUAACUCCCGGAAGACAAGUUCUGAAGACGAAACAGGGUUAUCUAGGCCUUGGACCUGCAACGGCUGUGGCGGGGGAUGAAGUCUGGCUCAUCAAGGGAAGCCGAAUGCCACUGAUACUAAGAAAUACCAAAGCCACGCCGAUGGCUAAUGGGAACGCAGCGGGUGUCAAGGGAGAAACGCACGCUCUGGUAGGCGAGACUUAUAUUCAUGGCAUCAUGUACGGAGAGAUGUUGACUAAAGAUCCUACUGGAAAUUUCCAUUCAGUGGUGCUCAUUUGA